UCCAAGGAUUGAAGCAGCAGCUGGAAGUGUCGUAUUUUAGGGCACAUCUUUAUCAUGUCUCGUUACGGUUAGGAGCUGGAAACCCGUGCAAUGAUCCUAAAGCCUCAGGAUCUCUCACAGGGCACUAUAAAAAUAUCAAGCAAAAUUACAUAAAGCCAAUCUAAGUCUCAGAGGGACUGGUCAACAGGGUGACAGACAAGGAAGAGAAAAUCAGGAAAAAAGUUUUGAGCUGAACAAAAUAGAGUAUACGGAAGCGAGAUAUCAAAACAUCAAGGGGGAUCAUUUCCUAGUUCACAAAAAGAGGGAAACAUCUGGAAGUCACUGGAAAGGAAAAACUCAUUUGGGCAGCCACAUAAGACAGACCGUAAUGCAGGCCUUGCCCUCUGAGGAAGGAAACAGUAACAUGAAUCAAAGCUCUAUCCAACAAGGGAUUCAGAGUACUUUUGAUGUCAUUGAGAAUCCAAAAAUAUCAGUGGUGGAAAAGAUCCACAGAUGUGCCAAUUGUGGGAAAAGCACAGAUUGUAGAUCGCAGCUGAAUAUUCACGAGGGGAUCCACACUGGAGAAAAGCCAUAUCAAUGCACCCAAUGCACCAAAAGCUUUGGUCAGAACAGCUCACUUUUGGUUCAUGGAAGGACUCACAAGAGAGAGGAGCUCUAUCAGGGCUCCCAAUGCAGCAAAAGCUACAGCGAGCUGGGCAAGUUGAUAAUACACCAGAGGACUCACACUGUGGAGAAACCGUUUGAGUGUCCAGAUUGUGGGAAAGGUUUCAGUCAGAAUUCCUACCUGGUGAUACACAAGAGGAUUCACACAGGAGAGAAAGCUUUUGAAUGUCCUGACUGUGGGAAAUGUUUCAGUCGUAAUAACAGCCUGGUGAACCACCAGAGGACUCACAGAGGUGAGAAACCUUAUUGUCCAGAAUGUGGAAAAAGUUUCAGUUAUAAUUCUGACUUGGUGCAACAUCAGAGGACUCACACAGGAGAAAAACCCUUUGAAUGUCCUGACUGUGGGAAACGUUUCAGUCAGAAUUCCAGCCUGGUGAUACACCAGAGGAUUCACACAGGAGAGAAACCCUUUGAAUGUCCUGAUUGUGGGAAAAGUUUCAGUCGUAAUUCCUCUCUGGUGAUACACCAGAGGAUUCACACAGGAGAGAAACCCUUUGAAUGUCCUGUGUGUGGGAAAAGUUUCAGUGAGAAUUCCAGCCUGGUGAACCACCAAAGGAUUCACACAGGAGAAAAGCCAUUUGAAUGUCCUGUCUGUGGGAAACAUUUCAGUCAUAAUUUCAGUCUGGUGUUACACCAGAGGACUCACACAGGAGAUAAACCUUAUCAUUGUCCAGACUGUGGAAAAAGUUUCAGUCAGAAUUCCAGCCUGGUGAAACACCAGAGGACACACAAAGGAGAGAAACCCUUUGAAUGUCCUGUUUGUGGGAAAAGUUUCAGUGAGAAUUCCAGCCUGGUAAACCAUCAGUGGAUCCACACUGGAGAAAAGCCAUUUGAAUGUCCUAUCUGUGGGAAAAGUUUCAGUCAUAAUUCCAGCCUAGUGAGACACCAGAGGACUCACACAGGAGAGAAACCUUAUCAUUGUCCAGACUGUGUAAAAAGUUUCAUUUAUAAUUUUGACCUGGUGAAACACCAGAGGACUCACACAAGAGGGAAACCGUUUGAAUGUCCUGUUUGUGGGAAACGUUUCACUGAGAAUUCCAGCCUGGUGAACCACCAAUGGAUUCACACAGGAGAAAAGCCAUUUGAAUGUCCUAUCUGUGGGAAAAGUUUCAGUCAUAAUUCCAGCCUGGUGAGACACCAGAGGACUCACACAGGAGAAAAACCAUUAGUGUCCGGAUUAUGGAAAACAUUUCAUUCGGAAUUCCGACCUGGUGACACAUCAGUGGACUCGCAUGGGGGAGAAACCUUUCAGAUGUCGUUUGUGGAUGUUACUUCAGGCAUAAAUCAUCCUUUAUUACACACAAUGAAGUCCAUAUGAGGCAAAACUAAAUGAGUUUAUAGACGACUUGAAUUUCAUUUGUGAUAUUUCAUUGAGGUGUAGGUGAGGAAUUGACUAUUCGAAUUCUGGCUUGAUUACUUUCUAGUGAAACAUGACUCAGAAUUAGAGUUGUAAGUGGAGAGAAAGCAAAAAUGAAAAAAGCCUUAAUACCAAUUUCUGGUUAUCAGCAGCAGUUACUGGAUAUUUCCUUUUGCAGAAGGAAAUACUACUCGAUGUUGCUCGUGGGAAGCGACGCCUGUGGGGGCCAGGCAGAGUUGGGGGAGAUCUAGGGGGUCUCUGGCAGGUGGGGCGGUGGGCAGGAGGCUUGUUCUGUGGGGUGAGGUGAGGCAAGGUGAGGCAGGGCAGAGGUGCCAUUGUCGCAGGGCAAGGCAGGGGCCGGGGCGGCUGCUGCUGGACACCAUCGAACCCCAGACACAGAGGCCUGCAAGCACAUGGGGACCAACAGUGUCCGUCAGCAGCCACAGCUGGCCGGCUCCUUGACCGGCACACUCUAGGGCUACGCAGCCCACUGCCAGCAGUUCAGACAAACCGCCUCUGAGCUGAACGGCUGUCUGACAGCUGAGGAGGCAAUGCAGUGGGUCCUGCCCAGGAAAAUGAGAGCAUGCAAGGCCAGGAGGGAUGGAACGGGGGGGAGGGAAACCAGCCAUGCUGGGAUGCA